UCUCCACGUGGUCUUGGCUUGCCCCUCCCUUCCUGGCAAGAUGGCGGCGCCCAGGUGGAGGGCGUCGGGCCUCUGGAUCUGGGGAAACGGCCAGGGUUUGGAGAGUCUCUUCAGUCUCGUCUCAAAGCCAUUUUGUUCCGCUGCCGCUGCCUCUACGUCCGUAAAUGCCCAGAGAUUAGCGGAGAGGCUCCGAGCCCAGAAACGGGAACAAGACACAAACAAGAAGCCGGUGUCCACAAACCCUGUUCAGCGGAGAGUGCAAGAAAUAGUGCGGUUCACACGGCAGCUGCAGCGAGUCCACCCCAACGUGCUUGCUAAGGCACUGACCCGAGGAAUUCUCCACCAGGACAAUAACCUUGUGGUCAUCAAUAAGCCCUACGGUCUCCCUGUGCAUGGUGGCCCUGGGGUCCAGCUCUGCAUCAGUGAUGUACUACCUAUCCUGGCAAAGAUGCUUCAUGGCCACAAGGCAGAGCCCUUGCAUCUGUGCCACCGGCUGGACAAGGAAACCACAGGCGUAAUGGUGUUGGCUUGGGACAAGGACAUGGCACAUCAAGUCCAAGAGUUGUUUAGAACCCGUCAGGUGGUGAAGAAGUACUGGGCCAUCACUGUGCGUGUCCCCAUGCCCUCAGCAGGAGUCGUGGACAUCCCCAUUGUGGAGAAGGAAGCGCAAGGCCAGCAGCAGCACCACAAGAUGACGUUGUCCCCGAGCUACCGCAUGGACAAUGGGAAAAUGGUGAAAGUGCGGCAUAGCCGGAAUGCACAAGUUGCUGUAACUCGGUACCAGGUGCUCAGCAGUACUCUCUCCUCCGCCCUCGUGGAGCUCCAGCCCAUCACAGGAAUAAAACAUCAGCUUCGAGUUCACUUGUCUUUUGGAUUGGAUUGUCCAAUACUUGGUGAUCACAAGUACUCAGACUGGAACAGGUUGGCCCCCCAGAAGCUGUCCGUGGGCACCCUGAAGAAGCUGGGGCUGGAACAGUCUAAGGCCCGCUACAUCCCCCUUCACCUGCAUGCCCAGCAGCUGAUCCUCCCUGCCCUGGGGUCCAGGAAGGAGGAUCUCAACUUGGUCUGCAAACUUCCUCGCUUCUUUGUAUGUUCCCUGCGCCGCCUGGGUUUAGAAAUGCCAAAUCAGGAUCAAAAUGAGAACAAUGAAGCCGAACAUCUGGGAGCACAGUGAAGACCGUGGGAGCAUCCUGGUACCUGGGAGUGCAGCUCCAAAGGCUGUGGGACCUGGAAGGAAUCUUGGGCAUCACCCAGGCCAACCCCUCAUCUCCAUUUUACAGAUGUUCAAGAAAGAUGACGUGACUUCCCAGUUCACCCAGCUCAUACGUGCCUGAGAUUAGACUAAGGGAGGUCCAGCUCUUGGUCCACAUCUCUCCUUACGACCUGCACUAGGUCCUAGGAAAGAAACAAGCUCCAGGAAGAGCAGGGGAGCAUCCUGCUCCAGGCGUGUGCUCACUGCUACUGUUCCUCCUCUUCCCCGUGCUUGCAACCCCUCCUUCCAUCACGUCUCAUGCCCUGCUGGCUUCUGGAUUCUGCACGUAUAAAGGAGUCCUGUUUAGGUGUCUAAGGAUGUUGAGUAUGUGAAUGGCUAAAUAAGAAGGCUCAUUACAGAGAACCAUGCUAGGCACCGUAGGAGAAAAAAAGUGCUUGAUAUUCAUGACCUGGAAUGGAAAGCACAGUGAAAAAAUUACCAGUAAGUAAACAUAGAAUGUGCAGUCUGAGUGGUGAGCUCCCCCAACUGAAGCCAUGGUGCUAUUCCAUGCGGGACAUCAGGAUGGAUGUAUCUGUAGGUGCUAGGCACUAUGGUUUUGAUGCUUCCCUGGGGGAAGGUGACAUGAUCUCUAGUCUAUAAGAAGAUGAUGGCUAAAAUUGAGACCUAUGCAAAAACUGGGACCCUGUAAGAGAUACACCCUCAGAGAAACCAGGACCAAAAAAAUACCAAUCAGAGGCUUAGGGUAGGGACAGUUAAUCUUCUCCUGACUAGGACUCUAAAUAGGAAAAAGUCUUCUGUGAGAAAUAGAAGCUCCAGGCCUGAACCAUAUGUGACUACAGUGUUUGAAUUUCCACUGCUGGAAUUUCCAAGCUGAGAAAUUAAUAUAAAAAUAGAUCCCAGACCAAUAAAACUCAUGGUGUAUCAAGAGAAGGAAAUACAAAACUAUUCGGGAGGAAUGUGCCCCAGAGCAACAGCAUCUCACAGCAAAAUCUGAUCCCUUUGAAGUUGCCCAAACAAUAAAAAAAUUACAAACCACAUCAGGAAAUGAUAUACUAUUAGAGAAAGUCAGCAAACAUAUCAAACUAGUUUAGCAUUUCAAUAACAUAAAACAAUGUAACAAUCUGAAAGAGACUUUAAAAUAACUAUGUUUAAAAUGAUUAAAAAGAUGAAAACAUAGAAACAUAAAGAAAAUAUAGGAUAUUUUGGGAGAAACAGGCAAAUUUGUUAAAAGAGACAAGAACUUUCUAGAAAUAAAAAAAUAUAGUAAUUAAAAGCUCAAUAGAUGUGUCAGACAGCAGAUUAGAUGAAGCUGAGCAGAGAAUUAGUGAACUGAAAGACAGAUUAGAGGAAAUUACACCAAAUGUAGCAUGGAAAAAGGAGAGAGAAAAAAUGUGAAGGAGAAGCCAAAAGGCAUAGAGGAUAAAAUGAGAGGAUCCAAAUUACCUUUACAGGGAGUUGCAGAGGAGAAGAAUAUAGAGAAAGGGACAUGGUAACAUUUAAUUUUCCAGAACUGAUGAAAGGACACUGUCCUCAGAUUAAAGAAACGUUGGAAUUUCUGGGGGAAAAUACAUAAGAAUAAGUCCACAGAGAUAUGGUAGAGUGAAACUGGAUUCAAGGAAAUACAGCCAGUGUGUGGAGGGAUUAAGGAGAAAGGAGAGGUUAAAUUUGUCCAGGAAUAUCUGUGGAAGUUCAUGGAAAACUGAGACUUGAAGGUCAAAGAAAAUUUUAAGAGGUUGAAAAUAUGGUAAGGCUGAUGAGAUUUAAGAAAUAGGAAGAAAAAUAUGAGGUUUCAGACUCUCUAAUUAGUUUCUAAGUAGGUUUUAAUGCACUUUGUUUUGAAUUAAGUUACUCUUAAGACUCUGGAUACCUGUUUGUAAACUAAAGGUUUCAGGGGAAGCUCUCCUGGCCUGCACAUUAUUUCAAACCUAGUCUCUGUUCUUCCCAGUUGGGUCCCCUGCCCUGUCCAUGACUUUUCAGUCCUGGCUAGGCACAAGUCACCCAGCUGAUCCUAUUCCACUCAGAAAUCCACUCAUAAUCACCAAAUUGCCCUUUGAGGCCUCCCCUUCCUGUUGGGGGCUGAAUUGAAAUUGGACUAUCUAACCUUCCUCCCUCUACCUGUGGUCCUUGGGGCAAAGAAAAACCUUGCUCUGAAGUGGACAGCAGGGGCAUGCCCUACUGCAUCUGUGCCUGGUUAGCAGUGUCAGUGGCUUCAGAGGAACAGAAAAACCUGGGCAUGGUAAUUGGCUCAUGAAAGCUGCAUGUUGCUGGAGGGGGCAGGAGGGUCUGGAGAGGAAUGGGCUUAAUGGGAAGCAAAUGCUGCAGAAAAGCCUGUGCACACCCUCCCCCAAUUCACGGCCAUUAGCAUUCCUCAGACACCUGCAGGCACUUGGCCCUAGCUGGGCAUGGGAUGUGCCGGCUCCUCCCUGCUGGCGCACAGAACAGAAAGAUGAAGUUUGGUUCUCAUUAAGGGGGCAGGGGUGGAUGCGAGACAGGAUAAUUCUUUCUUGUAUCUUUUAAGAGCACGUCCUUUUCUUUGGUUGUUGUCAAAUUCUCCUUCACCUUACGGUUGUUUAUGGGGUCUGAGAAAGAGCACUGGAUUUUGGGUUGAGUGCCAGAUCAUCCUCUCCUAGCUUUGCAACCGUAGAAACGGCACCAAAUCUCUCUGGUCCUCAGCCUCCUCCUGGUUAGGAAUAAUGAAGGAAUAAUUCCUACGAACACGGUUAUUUUGAAGAAUAAAUAAGGUAGACCAUUUGAAGGCACCGGGCAGAGUGGUAUUAUGGAAUGGACACUCAAAAAAUUUGAGUUUCCUUUAUCCCAGAUCAUAAGUACCUUUGGAGAAGGAAUGGUGUCUUAUUCAUCUUUGUCACCCCCAAGGUGCCUGUUGUGGUGCCAGAACCCAGAGUAGAAGAUUGAGUCAAUGGGGGUGCAGUACCCCCGAUGCUGAGCUCCCCCACCCUCUUACUGGGACAAGACAAAGGUCAGCUCAGAAACCAGAUGCCAAGAAGUAAAAAAGACCAGGUCCUUGAAGAGUCAUUGAAAUGGGCCCGGUGGCAAAGCAGCAAAGGGGCAGGAUUUCUGUGAGGCCACUUGAAGAACCUACUCCACCUGGGUGCUGGGGGACGCGGUCCUGCAGGAGGCCAAGGGGACUGCACCGACACAGGGACCAGCCCUGUCCAGGGAGGGACGGCAUCUUCCUCUCCUCCCACACUGCGCUUGCAGGUGCCGGCUUCCGGAGGGUGCCGUGGUCUCUGGGGCUGGCUCCCUUCAGCCGCAAAGACCUCUCUGGCGGAGGCUUCCGUCCAGCUGCUCUCCAGCUGCUGCUGGUGGAGGCUUGGUUGACUUAGGCAUCUUCCACGCAUCUUUAAUCUGUCUUCACUCAGUGCCAAACAUCUGCGGAGGGGAUCUACUGGCUGUUUAUUUUCUGUUUGUCUUGGGUGUGACACAAUCUCUAUUCUUCACUUUAAUGGCUCUUCUCUUUAUUAUUAUCGUCUCAACCCCUCUAUUUAUUUGCUUUCCCCGAACACCAGCCACUUUCCCUCUGCUCUCCUGGACUGGCCAAGGCCCAUGCCAGCCCUCCCUGCUUCCUCUCCUCCCAGCUUAGGGCCCUGCUCUCCUGGCUAUGAGCCUCACUCAAACCAGAUGUAGUUUCCUCCUCCUCUCCUCCUCCUCCCUCUCCCCCUCCCCCUGAGUUGCCAAGGGCUGCAGGGGGUCAGGGGAGCAGAGAGGUUCUCCACCCACAUCCUGUCCUGCCCCCCGCCCCCACCACCCCCGCCGCUUCUGCUUCCCUGCCCAGCUCUGUGACCCACACUAAGGAGGGAAGGGAGUGCAGUGCAUGCCAGGGUCCUGUUUAGUCCCUGCGAUGAGGGGUGCUGGGCAGUGCUAGGCAGGACUCCUACCCCUGAGAGUACGGUCAGUAGGGGGCCUUGGUCCCCUCUCUGCAACAGAGCUGCACUGGAAGGAUUUGGCACAGUCCACACACACUCUAGAUCACUGAUGGUGUCAAGGCCCCUCUGCUUCCAUAUUGCCCGAUGAGCAAUAUUUUACAAAUGUGCCUUUACAUCCACUGUCCCUGCAACCUUCGCCACAGCCCUGAAUACGGGAUCCUCACCUCCUCAUGCAAGAGGAGUCUGAGGUUCUAGCAUUGCUCAGUUGAUAAGAGGCCAAGUCAAGAUUUGAAUUUAAAUCUGAUUUGAUGUGAGGAAUGGCCAAUUGGCUUAAAAACUGAGCCUGACUUUCCUGACCUGGCCUGGUCUGACCUGUCCCAACACCUGGGAAUAAAUCUCUUUUGGUGAA